UAGUAUUUUGAUGUUGAGUUAAACAUUGAUGACAAUAGACAGAGACAACGUUUUAUGUUCAUAUUUUUCUCAAUCAGUCACUCCGCUGGUAGAUGAAGAUGUCAAACUAAAACUGUGUCAUAUCGCUCUCAUAACUUGUACAGAGUUUAAUCACCAAUUUAAAUUAUCUUAAACAUAGCAGCAUUCAAUCUCCUAACUUUAAAAACUUUCAAACUUUUUUUUAAUAAUUUGGUGUAUCUUGACAUCCCUGAGAUUGGUCUAGACUAACAGUCGCAGUCUACGUUAUUGGCCGGAAUACGCCUCAGUUACCGGCCGCUUGGGGAGCUCAGAUUUUAAAUUUUAUCCCCAGUGACCAGAUUUACAUUUUAUGUAAAUGAAAUCCGAUUUAAGAAUUACAAAAUGGAAGAAUGUUUUAACAUAUAAGGCUAUAAUGUAUAAACUACCUAAAAUGGAAAAUUAGAGUCUACACCAAUAUUAUUAUCACAAGAAGACAAAAAGAGAAAGAAACAUGUAGUAGUUGAACUAUAACAGAGAAACGAAUCCAACAUCACCAUUCACUAACAACAAAACACAAACUGUGUGUUUUAUUUAUAUCUCUUUGGUCCUGUGCCUUCUUUCUACUUUCUUGUUUCUUCUUGAUCCUAGACAAAUGGCUCUGAACAGCAAGUGUUCCGAAGAAUUUAGUUUUCCAUUGCUUGCUUCCCAAGUUUCCGGCGUCGGUUCACCUCCACUAUGGAAGCACUCACCAGAGAAUUUCCGGCGAGGAGAUAACAAUCUGUCGAAGAGCUUCUCUUACGUGGAAAGGACAAGUCUUUGGACAGAUAUAGCAGGGGAGAAGUCUAUGGAUAUGUUAUGGGAAGAUCUCAACGAAGAACUUGAACUUCCUCCAAGAAGCAAAAGUCUUAGGAUCGAGCCUGGCGAGAGUUCAGCAGUGGCCGUGGGGUGUGGGAAGAAGUUAACGAAGAAGACACUGCCGAAGAAGAAGAGGAUAAGUCCGAACGUGUUGGUGUUAAUGAGGGUUUUGAAGAAGCUUCUUGUUUUACGAAGUUCGUCUCAUAGAUCGCCUGCGAAAACUCAUCCACGGUAGAUGAUCUCACCGUGUUAAACUGUUUUGAGUGGUAUUAUUAGAAAAAGUUACGUAGCUUUUGUGGAGAUUAUAACUUUAAGUGUCUCGAUAAUGAAUUUAUAAGGUGAUUAAUAGGAGAGGGUUAGAAUACAUUUGUUUGUCUUUUUGAUGCUAGAUUUGUAUCACUGAUAAAUGUUUGAUCGGGAAAAUGUGUACGGUUUCAGGUAAUUUCUCUAAGAUCCAGAUAUACGAUUUGAUAAUUUGAUAUAGAUUUUGAUAAUACAUAAUAUUUUUGUAUAUACUUAUUUCAAAUGAUCAAAUCCUAU